AUGGCCGUUUUAGCUCCAAAAUCAACUUUUUUGUUUCCAAGCGAAUCCUGUGAGCACGAAGGAACCUGGUUGCAGUGGCCACAUGAAUUUGAGUAUGGUGUUACUUAUCGAGAAUCUCUUGAUAAAACUUGGGUGGCAAUAACGAAAGCAAUUUAUUUAAAUGAAAAAGUGCAUAUAAUUGCAUACAAUAUUACAGAGCAAAAUAGGAUUUCAAAUUUAUUACAGUCAGUUGGAGUUUCGUCAAAAAGUAUUGAUUUCAAAAUCCAUAAAACAAAUGAUGUGUGGAUAAGAGAUAAUGGUCCAAUUUUUGUAAAAGAUUCUAAUGGUAACUUACUAAUUGAGGAUUGGGGGUUUAAUGGAUGGGGCAAAAAAUUUGCUUAUGCACAGUGUAAUAAAAUACCAUCAUUGAUUGCAAUAGACCUCAAAAUAGAUGUGUUAAAAGUUGAUAUGGUUCUAGAAGGAGGAGCUGUAGAAUUGGAUGGACAAGGUGUAUUAUUAACUACGAAAAGUUCAGUACUAAGCCAAAAGCCGCGCUCUACUCGAAAUCCUGGUAUGAACCAAAGUGAAGCUGAAUUAAUUUUAUCAAAAUACUAUGGUGUUUCAAAAAUAAUUUGGCUUAAUGGCAGUUUUAUCAAAGAGGAUGUAACUGAUAUGCAUAUUGAUGGAAUUGCAAAAUUUGUUGACGGAAAUAAAAUAGUUACUAUGAACAAAAAAGAUUUGUUAUAUUUAGGACUUUGUAAUGAGGAUAUACAUAUUCUUUAUGAAAGUUCAAAUAUUUUUAAUGCAGUGUAUACGAAAGUUUAUUUACCACUUACACAAAAAAAUGUAGUUACAACUUCAGGAAAAAGUAUUGGAAUUAAAGGAUGUUAUGUAAACUACUAUGUUGGGAAUGGUUUUGUCUUGGUUCCAAACUAUGAUGAUCCUCAUGAUAUAAUUGCCAAUGAUAUUAUUCAACGUUUAUAUCCAGAAAGGAAAGUAAUUGGCAUAGACUCCAGAAAUCUCUAUAAAAAUGGGGGAAUGAUUCAUUGCAUAACACAGCAGCAACCUGCAACAAGUUAA